GCUGGGCAGCUUGACUCGCCUGGGGGGCGUCAUGGAAAGUGGCGAUGGUGUCAAUACGGCUGUGACGGAGGAACGGCGUCGCAGAGCAAAAGCGGGCGUGUUUAGCCCGUACCCGUUCCGCGUGGACGGGCGCCGGCUGCCCACCUGCAUCGCCUGCAAGAACCACGGCCUGGUGAUGCUGACGCGCGGCCACCGGUCACGGUGUCCGUUCAAGAGGUGCUGUUGUGUCCAGUGCAGCCGACACCAUGCCAAAAACAACAAGCGGCUGGCGACGAAGCAGGCGUCGCUGCAGCGCCAGGGCCGGCAGCAGCGGGCGUCACCCCGGGAACGCGCGUCACCGGACUCGUCCUGCCGGGACCGGGUGCCUCCCGCGCCGCGCGCCCACCUGCCCGUCAAGAUCCAGCCGGCCGUCAGUGUUGGCUCGGUUGCCGAUGAGCCGGCCGUCCGGGACGACUCGGAGUCUGAGUCGAGGGCGGCCCGAGUCCAAGCUCGAGUCGAGCCGCCGAUGGACCUGUCGGCGGCGCUGAAGCAGGACAGCAGCCGUCCACCCCACACGGACACGAGCCACAACCUGUACAACUGGCUGUCGGCCCAGAUCGACGCCGCCGCCUACCCGACCUACGACUUCGACGUGGUGGCCGCGGAGGAGGGUGGCUCGCCGCUGGCGCCGCUCGACUUCUCGGCGUUCUCGCGGCCGGCCGAGUUUACGGCUCCGGCGUCCGUCUGGGGCGGCUUGGCCGGCUACCAGGCCUCGCAGGACGACUUCGCUUCGACGCUCCGCAGCUGGCCGACGACGCCGAGCCCGUGGCCGGUUGACGACGGCGGCGGCGCCACUUCCCCUCUCGGUGUGCGCGAGACGGGGCGGCAGUACCUGGCGUACCAGCAGUACGCGCAGACGAGCGUGUCCGGCUGGCCAGCGCAGGCCAACUCGUCGACGGGGGCGGAGAAGAUAGGCGUCGCGGACGAGAUGGGAGCCCGUUUGGAUGUGUGCUGCACGCAGACGACGGCCAUCGACUCGCAGGCGGCGGCUGCAGAGCCUGCGAUGGAGCUGACGGAGCCAGCGUGA